AUGGCCCCGCAACGCCUCCUGAAGCUGACACUCGCCCACAAUCGGAACCCGGAUGCCUCCGAGGAAGAAUGCCACCGCUUCAUCACAGAGGAGUAUAUCCCUAAAGCAGUGUCAAUCCAUCAACGCCACAAGUUACAGGGCUAUAGCUACUCAAUCCUAACAUGGAAAAAGCACUUCUCCCCAACACCAGUGCGGAAUGUAUUGAGCACCGCAUGUGAGCGUCUGCAAAACGGCUGGACAGUCGACACCCACUACGCCACCGUGGAGUUUUACUUCGGAGACAUUGCGGACUUGGUGACCGUGUCCACCGACCCAGAUUUCAUUGCUUUGCAGGCAAUCGAAGCGCCUUAUAUCAGUAAAGAGGGCGUUGUCGUCCAGCUUGGAUGGGUCGAAACCUAUAUCGCGGAUCAGCAGGUGGUGAACUUGGUCGAUGGAAAGUCGCAGUAUCAGAGCUAUGAAGAGGCGUCUUCUGUUGAGCUUACGCUGUGA